AUGCGGUCCGAACUGAUGCUCUGCGCUUGUAUCGGAAUAUUUCUAAUAUUGAACCUAAACGUCAACAAUGCAGUCAUCUUCAGGUUUACGAACGUCGUCUGCGAGAGCCACAAUAAAUCCUGGGUGCUAUGGCAAAACUGUCGCUUGAAGGCAAUCAGCCGAAGUAAAGUAAUCCUCAAUAUGAAUGCGACUGUCGUUUACCCUGCGAAUAGGGUGAAAAUUCACCUUAAGCUUUACAAAAAGGCAAACGGGUUUAAGCCCUGGCUAUUAGAGAGAAAUGUUGAUGCCUGUCGGUUUAUGAGGCAACAGUAUGACCCAAUUAUGAAAAUAGUUUACGGUCUCUUCAAAGAUUUUACCAACGUUAAUCAUACAUGUCCGUAUAUGGGAUCUCAAAUAGUAAAGGGGUUUUAUCUGAGGCCUGAGCUUCUGACACUACCCUUUCCAACGGGCGAUUACAUGCUGGCAAUGCGCUGGUACUUUGGCAUGAGCGCGAGCCCCACCGCGGAUACAAAUGUAAGUUUUUCAUUCGUAGAGGACCUCCUGAAGAGCACAUAA